CUGCAGCGCCGGCGGGACCCGCCGUGCCCUCCCGCCGCCUCGCCCGCACGGAGCGCGGUUUCUUAGCAAGAGCAGACAGAGUUCAGCCUUCCACCAUGCCUGUGCCUCCUCCUCCAGCUCCCCCUCCACCACCAACACUGGCCUUGGCAAAUACUGAAAAGCCAUCCCUAAGCAGGUCAGAACAAGCAGGGCGAAAUGCUCUAUUAUCUGAUAUUACCAAAGGAAAAAAGCUCAAGAAGACGGUUACUAAUGACAGAAGUGCUCCAAUUCUAGACAAACCCAAAGGAUCUGCUGGAGGUGGCGGCGGUGGCUUUGGAGGAGGUGGCAGUGGCGGCGGCGGGGGUUUUGGUGGUGGCAGUGGUGGUGGCUUUGGUGGCGGUGGACCACCUGGCCUUGGAGGCCUUUUUCAAGCAGGAAUGCCAAAGCUGAGAUGUACUGCAAGUCGAGAUGCUGACGCCGGGGGAGGCCGGCCGCCCGUGCUGCCGCCCGGAGGCCGCUCCGCCGCCGCCAAGCCCUUCUCGCCGCCGAGCGGCCCGCCGCGCUUCCCGGGGCCGCCCUCGGCGCCGCGCAGCGCCGCCCCGGACCCGCAGAGGAGCCGCGUGCCGCCGCCCAGGCCCGACGCCGGCUCGAAGCCCGAGGCGGCGCCGCCGCCGGUGCCCAGCACGCCCCGGCCCGUCGCCUCCGGCCUGCACAACCGCGGGUCGCCGCCGGUGCCCGGGCUGAGCCGGCAGCCCAGCUUGGGGCCCUCGCCCCCGCCCUUCCCGGGCAGCCGGGGCGCGGGGUCGGCCGCGCCCCUCCGGCAGCCGGGCCCCGGCGCGGCGCUCCCCUUCUCGGGCCGGCCGCCGCUGCCGCCCACCCCGGGCAGGCCGGCGGAGGACAAGCCGCCGCCCCCGCCGCCGCCCCCCGCCGGGCACCGGCCGCCCGCCGCCCGGGAGGCGUCUCUGCCGCCGCCGCAGAGCGGCAAACCGCCCGUUCCCGCCGCCCCCCGGCCCGCCCUCGGCGCCCCGGCGCCCCCGCUGCCCCCCGGCAGGCCGGGGCCGCCCCCGGUCCCGCCCGCCCCCGCCGGCGGAGACGAGAUGCCGCGGCUGCCGCAGAGGAACGUCUCGCUGGGGUCGUGCCCGGCGCCCGGCGGGGGCCGCUCCGGACCGCUGCCCCCGCCGCCCGGCGAGAGGCCGCCGCCGCCCGUCAGAGACCCGCCCGGGCGCUCAGGCCCGCUCCCGCCCCCUCCUCCCUUAAGCAGGAACGGAAGCACUUCGAGGGCUCUGCCCACUACUCCGCAGCCGCCUUCCCGGGCAGGGCUGGACAGCCAGAGGGGUGGGCCGCGACCUCCGCUUCCCCCCGACCGGCCGGGCUCGGCCGCGCCGCCGCCUCCGCCGCCGCCUUCAGCUGCUGUCAGAAACGGCUUCCAGGACCCAGGCGAUGAUGAAUGGGAAAGCAGAUUUUCUUUUCAUCCGAUAUCUGAUUUGCCACCUCCAGAGCCAUAUGUACCCAUGAACAGAAGUUAUCCCAGUAAACUAGCAAGAAAUGACAGUAGAGGUGGGUCUGUCCGAAAAGAAAGAGGUGCCCCCCCGCUCCCGCCUAUACCAAGGUGAAAUGGAUUCUGGCCCAUCUUUGGGUGACAUCUGUUCUCAAGUUUCCUUCGAGUCAGCUUUCCUGUCCACACGGCUGGAAAGCUGUCUGUCUUGAUUGAUUUCCACUUUUGGCUUGUCAGCUGGGACAAACUUCAGUCUCUAUUACAGAAGUAAUAGAUGUGGCUUAUGGACUAUAGUUGCUCAAAGCUAUGAAUUUUAUUUGCUUAAACUGCAGGUGUUUUGUGGACCCUACAGAACAUACAUGCAUCAUGCUUACAGUGUCCAACCCUAUCCCCUGGAGAGCACCGUGGGAGGUCUGGCUUGGAAUUUGAUACAGCUUGAACAAAGCUGUUCCAUUCCCUUUGGGUACAGUAGCUGUAUUAUUUUAAUGAUAAAGUAUUUGAUGUUUAAAAAAAACAGUUGCUGGGUCAAAAGUGUAGCCAAGAGUCCCCUGGACCCUUUCUUGCAUGCUUAACUCAGCCUAUCUGCUUCUGCAAGCUAUGGACCUACUACAUGAUGACAAAGAGUUCAUCUUUAACUUCUUCACUUCAGCUUAGUCAAGCAAAUCUUAAACAAUUCACAGCAUAUCCUGCCUCAAGGAUGGAGUGUCUCUGGCCUUGUUUUUAUCUGCAGAGAACCUUCCAAAGAGAAGCACAAGUGAAGAAUUCAUCAGCAUAAAAAUAUAUAUAUUUUUUUAACCCUCUUUCCUAUUUUUUUAAAAGUGUUAUGUGUUCUGUGACCUAAUUUCUCUCCUGCUCUUAUGUGGACCAACCCACAUCAUGUCAUCCAUGCCCUGGAUUACUGACUGUAAUGCCCUCUGCCUGAUAUUGCAUGCGAAGAGUCCUCAGAAAGUAAUCUGAGUGCAGAUGCAUCAGUUACUGUAGCUGCAGGCUCCUCCUGUAAAGCAUCACAUCGCAGUGCUCCACAGACCGCUUUCCAAUCGUUUCUUUGGUACAACUAAAUGAUAGGGGUUGACUUAUAAAGCUUCUUGGCACUUAGGUCACAAGUCCCAAAGAGCUUGUGUUUGACUUCCAUUAUGGUAGAGCAGCCAAGGUCAAAAACAUUCCUCAGUGAAAGCCCUGAUGUUUUGAGGGGGGUCCGGCAUUUGUACAUUCAAGUGGGACCAUCCAAAAUUUGCUGUCUGCACCGGUUCAAGAGAAAUGGAAAGAUUUGGUCUUCUGAGUUGGCCAUGAAGUCUGUCCCUUCAAACUUUGCUGAAAGGAGUCUACAGAGAGCCGCCAGGCUUCCAUUGAUAGAAGAAAGAGUAAAGUAUGCUAACAUUGUGGCAAGUGGUUAAUAUGUUUAAUGGCUUUUGAAUUUUGUGUAUGAGAAAAGAGGUCAUUGUAUGAAUGAGUUUUACAAGUGGAUCUAAGUGCGUAUAAAAUGCCUUUGGAAAUUAGAGGAAGAUUAUAAUUUUGGAUUUGAAGUAUUGGUGAAUGAUAGCUCUUUGUUAAUUGAACCUCUGAAAUUUAGCUCUGAAAGAUGUCCCUGCAGUCUCAUCAGCCGUACAUUUCUUCAGUGUGUUCCUUGGGAUCCCUACCAAGCCUGUGUCAGCAGCCAUGCUUCACAGGGUGUUGCUCAAAAAAACACAAAAUAAAACAUAGAAACUAGUCAUGUAGGUUAAGAAGAUGUUUCUCUAGCAUGAGAGACAUGAUCCUAAGUACACUCUGCGGCUAGCAUGAGGUCAGUCCUUGAAAAUCUAGGGAAUUUAGCCAAAGAGAGUCUGGACCCUGCUGAAGUGUCUGUGCAUCAUAGGGCUUUUUGCUCUGUCAGCAGGGAGGGGCAGAUCCACUUUCUGCCUGGCAGCCUGGAUAUCACAUUGAAGGGGAUGAGACUUGAGUUGGAUUUGGCCAGAUCAAAUUUAAUUUGGUCUUUUCAGUGUUUGUUUACAAAAUCUUUUUAGCUGUGAUAGCAUUUGAUUAUGUACCUGUUUUUUACAGUUUUGUAUCUAAUGAUCUAUUUUAAGUUACUGUUUAUAGUCUUGAACCUGCAAUUAAAUGCGCGGGCGCAGGGAUGUAUCUACAUCCAAUUGCAGGAUCGUGGCUGUAAGAGUUUCUUAAACAGAUACUGGUGGGACCUCCAUGUGACAGGUGCACCUUGGGAUCAAACCUGGCACAAUGCUGAAUUUGUGUAAGUGUUUUGUGGAUGUCACUUAAAGUGCCUGUCUCUUUGGGAUAUUAUUUUGUGAAUAGACGUCCAAAUAAUAUUUUUAGGAUAAUAACUUAAAGGAUAAAUUAUUGUAUUCAUCUUUUAAAACUGAAGCACUUAAUACCUUUCUAAGGAACAAUGUUUUGAUUUUAAGAAUACAAUAUUUUCAGUACCUUGACCUGCCAAAUCCUUUUUAAUAUCCAAACAGCUAUGCAGCCAAAAAAAACUCCCCAACCUUCCAGAAAUAAUAUCUUUUUUAUAACUUACCUGAUUCCAACAUGACAGUUUUACUUUGGUAAGUCAAUGAAAAUGCUGCCUAAUGUUCUGCCAAUUCUCUGUAUCAUUCAAAAUACCUUGUAUUUGAUCGUUUCAGCAAGGUUUUCUGACCAGAAAUCUGGAUCACUACCAAAGACUUGGAAAACCAGCUUCAGUUUCACUUUAAAAUGUGCCAUGUAAAAGGCCCCAGUUAACAGACUGAGAAUCCUGAACUGCUUAGAUUUUUGCAAUUCUUUUUUACUCUAGAAACCUCUUCAGAACAGAUGUUUGGCAUGCAUGUAAAAUAGCUCAAUACUGCAGAAAGGGGCAUUUUUGUUCGCAUAACAGCGUUUCCAUUUAUAUGUUUCGCUGUAAAAGUCCCUAGAUAUAUUCCAGAACAAAGCAGCAUUUUAUCAUUCAAUAUAUUGCUUCAUGUAGCAGUAGGUAUUUACAAUAUGAUCAGUAUUAAAGUAUUUAUUUCACUAUGAAGUGUUAAAAAAGAAUAAUACAAAACAGGUUGAAUCAAUGGUGCCUUAAGACUUUUUUAGUCAACUUUUCUAUGUCUCAAUAGAAGAAUUAAUAGACAUUGCUCUUCCAGGUCCUAAAUAGUGCCGACAGUAGCAUUUUGCAGUGUUUGAGCCAAGCCCUGCUGUUGUGUGCUCAAUCUGCUAAUUCCAGGUGGAGCUCAGUGUGUGGAGAGGCCACUGGAUCAGUGUGUAGGUGAGAUGUAUGUGGACACUGGUUGGCUUCACAAUCAGUUGCUGGUAUUGCUCUCAAAAUUUAGUCCUGUCCCAAACCAGUGUCUGACAUUGCUGUUCACACCACCCAGCUGACUUCAGUGUGGUUGCAUAGGUUACAGAACUAAAUUCGAUUCACUGCUUGCAUAUAAGAUUUGCUGGGUUUGUUUUGUUGGCAUUUUAUUAUGAACCCUCACACCUCAACCUAUCUUCUUGCGUUAUCACUGAGGCUCACGCUGUGUGACAAUGGCCACUGAUGUUCAUUUUUGUUUAAUUCAACUCCAUAAAUAAAAUGCGAAUCAUUUUUGUACCAUGUAAAAAUAAUUUCUCCUCUAUAUUUUUGGAAGAAAAGCACCUGUUCUGUUUGUUAUGACUUUCUGCACCAGCCAUUGGGAAAAGCGGUCACACUGAUGAAUGUUCAGAGUUGUUAAAGGAAACUCAGCUUGUGAUUCAGGAAGUGUAUAUUUCUAUAAAUUAAAUAAAUAACAUCGCAAAGUUCUUGUUUAAAAGCCAGCAUUUCCCAACACUAAAAGAAUCAUAAGGCUGGGGUUUUUUCUGCAAGACAGCACUGUGAAAGAAGUUCCUUAUAUUGUCACUUGAAAAACUGGGCGGUAGUUUCUCCUUGCAACAUCAAUAGUGUGCAUGACGCAGAAGUAGAUCUGUCUUGGAGCAAAGGAUAAAGGAGCUAAACUGCUGUCAUGUAUCACAAGUAUUGGAACACAACAAUCUUCUGUAUAGAAGUACGGAAGUAGAAAGGGUACUUUUUGCCUUGGUGGUAAAGAAUUGAGUUGAGUGAUCAAACUGAUGUUAUUUCAAGCAGAAUGUCAAAUGUUGAGAGACCUGGAGAGGGCCCCUUGGCCAUGGGACACUGGAAAAGAGACAAUUGCUCGAGGAAAUAAAAACCAGGUGGCUGAAUGUUGUUACCAGUACUAGAUUAAAAAUUACUGCAUAAAAUGUGCAUUUUGUAGUUCCACAUCACAGUGAUGUGAACACCUUUGUCUCACAGCUGGGUGCAAACAACCUGUUACAGCGGUACAUUGACUCCAUGUAACACAGAUUGUGUGAGCUUUAAUCUUUUAAACAGUAUUCAGCAGAAAAUUAGGAGAAUCUCUCACCUGAGAUAUCCAGGAGCACUUUAAGAUCAAAUUCAUGGAAUGGUUCUUCACGUACAUUGGAAAAAACCAGGGAUCUUGUAGCCUGUAAGAUGGAUAUGUUUGGACCAUUCAGUUAAAAUCUAAACUGGAGCAUUGGCAAAGAGGGGAGUAUUGGAAUAACUGAGGCAGAAGCAGAGCAUGUGUGUAUAGGCUCAGUGAGAAUGCAGCAGGUAGGUAUGCAGAUUAAAAAGCAAAUAUGGAAACCGCAUGUCUUAAGGGAGUAACCAUUAAGGAAUGUUGAAAUACAUUUUUUCUGUAUUUUGAAAUACGAUUUGUCUGUGGUAAAUAUUCCGUAGUGUAAACCAGUGCAUGCAGAGGAAGACAUCUAAAAUUGGGCUUCCAAAGCCACACAAGAGAGGGAGAAACAUAAAACAGGCUGAGCAGAAAGUAACAUUUCUAUCAGAUGCUUAAAGUUUGAGCUUUUAAUAAAAUAUUAAUCUAGUUCUGUGAAUUUUUUGCUUAACAUUUAUUUUGUAUGUGAUUUUGUUCUCUUUAUUUUUCUG